GCAAAAGCAGUUAUUUGUUGUAGGAAGUGUUAUAACGGAGGAAAAAUAUAAACAGCAUCUAAAUAUAUAUGUAUAUAUAUGUUUUAUAUCACGUGACAACAUAGGGUAGAUAUGAAUGUCUUACACUUCAUUGUCGUUCUCAUAUGCUGUACAUCCAAUAUAGAUGGAAUGUUGCCGGAUGAAUGUAUUGAUCCGUACUUAAACGAUAAUGGACUGGAUUCGAACUCAAGUAACAAAGCAAACAGUUGUGUUUUUGAUGUGCUAAACGAUAUGCCGGGAAAAUAUGAACCUCUUUUCCUUCAAAACAACAUUCAUGGUUCUUUGACUCUCACCAUACCCAAGGUCAAAAACCAGCGUGCAGUUAUCAAACUAAAGAAAGGAGAGAAAAUCACCAUCUCUUGCCCGGGUAACGGUAACUACAUCGAAGCCAUCGACACAAUACAAUCUGAUGGUUCCUGUAAGAGUGGAAACAUGCUCAAGAUCGAAGGUGUGAAUUACUCAUUCCAGCAACUAGACUGCAGAGCAAGAGUGAACGCUAAGUUCAAAAAGACCGGAAUGAAGUGCGGAAGAGGGAAAGGGGUCAUCGUAGAGCUGGGGUACGAUGUCCCUGGACAUUUUUUACCAGUAGUCGAGGUUUGCUACAACAUCGAUGAAAGCAUCCCCUACUACUCUAGGCAUCUCCUCCGCGGCACCUCCUUGGGCAAAGAACCGCGGAAAAUUGGACGUCCUGCAUAUGCUUCGGGCGGUGGUGAGUUUUUUAAAGGGUUCAACCCGAAGGAGGCAUAUAGCAAGAGAAACCAGUUGGCUGCCAUCAGGAAUAAAGUUGGAAAGGACUACGCUAAGAAGUACAUAGACUUUGCCAGCAAGAAGUUCUUGGAUCGGGGACAACUUUCACCAUAUUUGGACUUCGUCUUAGGCCCCCACCAAGCCACCACCUUCUUCUAUAUCAACGUCGCUCCGAUGUGGCAUUCCAUCAACGAAGGCACCUGGUUCAAGGUGGAAGAAACCGCAAGAAGCUUUGCUAGGAAGUACAAGACUGACCUGGAAGUCGUCACUGGAACCGAAGGUGUCCUCCAGCUCCAGGGUAAGAAAAACAAGAAGGAUAUCAUGCUCAGGGGUUCUAAAUUUCCGGUUCCCAAGCACUUCUGGAAGAUCCUCAGGAAACCUGUAGAUAGAUCCUGCAUUGUCUUCAUCUCCCCCAACGACCCCGUUAGGAAGACUAUUCCAAAAUCCAUCUGCAAGGACAUCUGCACUCAACAUGGAUGGCGAGAGUUCUCAGGGAACUCUACCGAAGGAUACGUCUACUGUUGCGAAUAUGAGGAUUUCAAGAAAGCUGUGCCUCACGCUGCUUCACUCAGCUGCAAAAAUGUUCUUCAUGUUGAGAGAAAAUGAACGAAUUUUGAUUAGUCAACAGUCUUAUUUGUAAAUAAAUAAAAUAUUACAUCUCAAAGGAUUAAUUAUAUUACAUUGAGUAGCAAUCAAUAAUUAAAAACAAAAUAAAAUUUAAUGUUUCUAAAAAAGAGAUCACACAACUUUCACUCACCAGCCUACUUAAAUAAUUAAGUCUCUAAUCGAAUAGAGCUAGUUAAUAUUAUUAAAGUUAUUAAGGGUUGUUACCAUAUGAUCAAAACAUUGCUUGAAACAUUUUGAUUAAUAUUUGUUAGGCAUGGCAGGAUUGCGUUUCAGGUUCAAAAUUUUGCUUUCUUUGACUAACUCAUUAAUAUUAAUUUCUUACUUGGCAGACAUACUCUUUAAAGUAAAACCAGGCAACGAUUUAUCCACCAUUAAACGUGGUAGGGAGUUACCCAGGCAGUGUAUUGGAACUUUUCAAUACUUCCACAGCAGAUUUAUCAGAACAAGACCAGUCUUUAUGGGCAACAUUUGCCCGAUGAUAUUGUACUACUUACGACUCAACCAAUAAUCGCAUCUCUUUUCAUACAAUACCGUCUUUAUGAUUUUUUUUUAUCUGGGCUGCUAGAUUGAAAGUAAAAGUUAAGUUAAAAAUAAUGUUGGGCUAUUGCAAAGUGUUUGAAAGGCAUCUUUAACAGAGAGCUAACCUUAAGCCUUGCAGCUAACCGGUAAAACGUGGUAAAAAAAGUUCGAAAAAAGUAUUUAAAUUCCACGGAUUCAAGGUAAUGA